CUCGGUUUCUCCGAGUUUGCGCAGUGGAGAGUUGAGACUAAGAUGGCGGCAGUUGAAGCGUUUGUUCUGGGGUCGCGAGCCAUCACCGCCAGCAAACGACUUCUGUUUUCACCAAUAAGGCUUUUGAGUUCCUCAACAGGCGAUGAUAAAUCUUCAAAAUUUCAGCCUCCACCAAAACCUGUUAUUAUAGACAAAACACAGUCUGUGACAACACAAAGAAGGUUUGUAAGCCCUGAGUUCAUAAUGCGAAGAUGCAGAACAAAUCCCCUAAAAUUCAGCAUAGAGAGAAAGGAUAUGGCUCAGAGACGAAAAGUGCUGAAUAUACCAGAAUUCUACGUAGGAAGUAUCCUUGCUGUUAGUAUGGCAGACACAAAUGCUAAUAGCAAAGUCAACAAAUUUGUUGGAAUCUGUAUCCAAAGAUCAGGAAAAGGAUUAGGGGCUACUUUUGUCCUUAGAAAUAUCAUAGAUGGACAAGGUGUUGAGAUCUGCUAUGAUGUGUAUAGUCCUCGAAUUCAGCAGAUUGAAGUGCUGAAGCUGGAAAAGAGACUGGAUGAUAACUUAAUGUAUCUACGUGAUGCUUUACCAGAGUACAGCACUUUUGAUUUUAACAUGAAACCUGUACCUUACCCUACUCAUUCUGAGGUCCCUAUCAAUUUGCUGAAAGUAAAAAUGAAACCAAAACCAUGGUCAAAACGUUGGGAACGUCCACAGUUCAAGGUGCAGGGUAUACGGUUUGAUCUGUCUCUCACAGAAGAACAAAUGGAGGAAGCCAAAAAGCACGAUAGACCCUGGCUUGAAUAUGAUAUGAUGAGAGAAUAUGAUACAUCUAAAAUUGAGAAAAACAUGGAGCUAUAUUUACAAAAUGAGCUGAAUAAAUGACACUUCUAGGGUGUGUUUAUGUGCAUAGGAAUCGAGCACUGCUGGUGAGAUUGAAAAAUUGUCAUAACUGUUGGUACAAGAGGUAAAGAUCAGAAUUUGAUUAUUACACUGUCAUAACUGAUGUUUUUAAAUUACAGCUUUGUGUUGUUUCAGUCAUGUACAUGGGAGAGUAUAUAUUUUAUGUUCACAUUAGGAAAGCUGAACUGCUGUAGGUACUUUUAAAAGAGCAUUCCCUGGAAAUAAUGUUAAACGCUGAAGGUUUAAUCCGUGCUUUUCCAAAUAAUCAGUAUUUAAAUUGCAUCACUUUCAUGAAGAUAUCCUUAUUAUAAAGGAGGAAAAUGUUUUUAGUUCACUGUAAUUUUGUCCUGGCUGUCAUUAUCGCCCGUUUAUUUCAAAUAUUUAUACACUUCAGGAAGGAGCUGGUAUAGAUUUUCUUUUCUUUUACCUUGACCCAAGGUGUGUAUUUUUUUUAAAAAAAGUUGGCCAGAGGAACGCUCAACUUCAAACACAAUCCUGAUGCAGCAGCUCCUGUUUUUGAUAAUUUUGUUAAUCUAUUGAAUGAGUAGUUCCUUCUGGUGAUCUUAAUUGUUGGAACAUGUUUGUGUCUGCGACUUUAAGGAAAGCAGAGGGACACAUUGCCACAGUUUUCAGUUAGGAAGAAUGUAAUUCUUGGCUAGGAUAAUGAACUUCAUUCACUUUUUACAAAAUUAAAAAUCAUACGAAACUUCAAUAAAUGAAUUUUCCAACA